AACAUUGGCUCAUUAUGAUGAGAAUUCUGGGCCAUUUGAAUAUUCAAUUCAACAAGAUAAAAAAGUUCAAAAUAAAACAGGAAAAAAUCAAUAUAAAGACUAUAUAUUAAAGGCUGCAAAAGAAUAUAUAGAUGAAAUUAUUGAAAAUAAUUUAUCGAAAGAAGAAGCAACUAUCAAACUUUUACAAAAAAAGAAAGAUACUAUUCAAAGACUAGGAGGAUCUGGAAAAACUAGUUUGGUUUCAAAAUUAUUUAAUGGAGAAUAUUUUGAAAAACAAAAGAAACAAUGUAGUGGAUCAAAUUUUUGGAAUGGUUAUAAAGGUCAAGAAAUUGUAUUUUUUGAUGAAUUCUAUACAAAAAUUAAUUGGUCAGAUAUGGUUAAUGUUUUAAAUGAUACAUCUUGUCCUGUAAAAAUUAAAUAUGGGACAUAUAAAACUUUAUUUAAAGCAAAAUUUGUUUUUAUGACAAGUACAAAACCACCUGAAGAAGCUUAUAAUUUUGGACAGCAUGAUUCAAAAGAUAAUAAUAAAUAUCUUUGUGAUUAUCCAAAUUCAAGAUGUCUUGAUAAAUAUCAUCUUGAAUGUGAACAAUUUUCUAUAACCAAUCAAAUAGAAGAUCCUCAAAUAGAAUCUUCCAAUCUAGUCAAAGAACCUCAAAAAGAAAUUUUAUCUAAUGAUCAACAAGAAGAUUUAUUUGUAAAUUCUGAGCAAAAAAGUGUUGUUGAUUCAGAAGAUUCAAAUUAUUUUUGUAAGAGAAGAUGA